AUGGAGGGUCAGGGCGAAAAUGACGAGCUCUACCCUAUCGCCGUCCUCAUUGACGAGUUAAAGCACGACGAUGUUCUCCUCCGCCUUAAUGCCAUUCACCGCCUCUCUACUAUCGCGUUGGCCCUCGGUCCCGAGAGAACUCGCGAUGAGCUCAUUCCAUUCCUUGAUGACUCCGUGGAGGACGAGGACGAGGUCCUGACCGCACUCAGUGACGAGCUCGGUGACUUUACAGAAUAUGUUGGCGGCCCGGAGUUUGGGCAUGUUCUCCUCUCUCCCCUGGAAAACCUGGCCGCCAUCGAAGAGCCUUUGGUUCGGGAAAAGGCGGUGGAAUCCCUCUGCAAGAUUGGCGAGCAAUUGUCCGAAAAACAAGUCGAAGAGCACUUCGUCCCCAUGGUUCUUCGCCUAUCGAAAGCGGACUGGUUCACGUCGAAAGUAUCCGCUACCGGUCUGUACUGCGUCCCAUACAAGAAAGCGCCCCAACCCCUGCAGCAAAGCCUUCGACAAUAUUUCGGCGCGUUGGUGCACGACGAGACCCCGAUGGUGCGGCGACAGGCGGCGAAUAAUCUCGCCAAGUUUGUCAAAGAAUUGGACACGCCAGUUGUCAUCGAGGAAAUGAUACCCUUGUUCCAGUACCUUGCCAGUGACGACCAAGAUAGUGUGCGUCUCCUUACAGUGGAUAUUCUUAUUGCGAUUGCGGAGGAAAUUCCCAAGGAACAACAGCCCAGCCACGGCGUCCUGUUGACAUCCCUGCGGAACUUGUUCGAGGAUAAGAGCUGGAGAGUCAGAUAUAUGGUCGCCGACAGAUAUGAAAAGAUCGCUAAUGCUGUGCACGAAGAAGUGAUCACUCGUGACAUGGUGCCCUCAUUUGUUAAGCUCCUGAAGGAUACGGAAGCAGAAGUUCGCACUGCAAUUGCCGGCCAGAUCCCAGGUUUCUGCAGUCUGAUCGACCGGGAGACCCUUCUUAAUGAGAUCAUGACUAGCGUUGAAGACCUUGUUUCGGACCCAUCUCAACACGUGCGCGCGGCUCUGGGUACGCAAAUUAGCGGUCUCUCGCCACUCCUCGGAAAGGAAGAGACUAUUGCUCAUCUCCUUCCGAUGUUCCUUCAAAUGCUCAAGGACGAAUACCCCGACGUCCGUUUGCACAUCAUUUCCAAGUUGGAGCAUGUCAAUAAGGUUAUCGGCAUUGAUCUUCUUUCUCAGUCGCUUCUUCCCGCAAUUGUCCAACUGGCCGAGGACAAGCAAUGGCGAGUCCGUCUUGCCAUCAUCGAAUAUAUCCCCCUGCUUGCCAGCCAGCUGGGCGUUAAGUUCUUCGAUGAGCAACUUAGCGACCUUUGCAUGGGGUGGCUUGGUGACACCGUCUUCUCUAUUCGUGAGGCCGCUACCACCAACUUGAGAAAGCUGACCGAGGUUUUCGGAAUCGAAUGGGCCCAGGGCUCGAUUAUUCCCAAGGUUAUGGCUAUGGGACAGCACCCCAACUACCUCUACAGAAUGACAACCUGCUUUGCAAUUUCCACCCUUGCACCUGUUGUUUCUCUGGAUAUCACUGAAAACUCAAUUAUCCCCAUCAUGGACCGACUCACAGCAGACGAGAUCCCGAACAUUCGGUUCAACGUUGCCAAGUCGUACGCCGUGCUGAUCGACACAUUGCGCCGUCUGCCGGCCGAGGGAACCCUGACCGACUUGGAGAAGUCCGGCCAAACCGGCCCGCCCUCGCCGCGGGGCCAGGAACUCAUCCAGCAACGGAUCCUGCCGAACCUGGAAAAGCUGCAGGAGGAUGAGGAUGUUGAUGUGCGGUACUUCGCUACGACCGCUGCCGGCCCCCCAGAGGAGAACAUGCAAACUUCGCCGUAA